AUGAAUAUAUUAUCAAAACAAUCAACACCAACCCUAAUAGCUGGUGGUGUUGUCUCAACAAUUGUAUUAUACCAUUUAAUUGAUUACUAUGGAUCAAAAUAUCAUCUAAAACAAAGAUUUUUUAAUAAUUUUUGGGGAUAUUUAGGACCAUUAGUUGAUAAGAAAUUAAGUAGAUUUAAAAAAGAAUUAUUUUCAGAAGCAUAUGGAAGAGUCUUAGAUGUUGGUAGUGGUGUUGGUCCAACUUUUAAAUAUUUAAAUAAUGAUAAUAUUCAACAGGGCAGUGAUAAUAAGAGAUCACCAAUUACUCAAGUUGUUUCAAUUGAACCAAAUCCAUUUAUGCAACAAGAAUUAAUUGAAUCUGCUAAUAAAGCAUCACAUAAAUUUGAUAUUAAAAUCUUACCAAAAACUAUAGAACAAGCAUAUAAUGAUGGUGAUUUAGAGAAUGGUACUUUUGAUACUAUAAUUUGUAACCUUGUCCUAUGUUCAAUACCUGACCAAGAUAAAGUAUUGAUUGAUAUUCAAAAUCUCUUAAAACCAGGUGGCAAAUUUUUAUUCAUUGAACAUGUUUGUUCUGAUAAAUUCCUAAAUAGAUGGUUUGAACAUUUAAUUAAUCCACUUUGGUCAUUAAUUGGUGAUGGUUGUGAAUUAGAUCGUAUCACCGAUGAAAAGAUUAAACAUAUGACUGGAUGGGAAAAAGUUUCAAUUAGUCAAAUUAAAAUUAAACAACCAUUUAAACAUAUUUAUGGUAUUGCAAUUAAAGAAUCAUCAUCAUCAUCUUCUGUAACAAAAUAA